AUGGCUAACGAGGCUCAUCCUUGUCCGUGUGACAUUGGCCAUAAGAUAGAGUAUGGAGGGAUGGGGCGCGAAGUUCAAGUCGAGCACAUCAAGGCUUAUGUCACCAAACCCCCCUUCGACACGGGCAAGGCUGUGAUCGUCAUUCAAGACAUAUUUGGCUGGCAGUUGCCCAAUAGCAGAUACAUGACUGACAUGAUCGCAGGAAAUGGAUACACAGCCAUCCUUCCAGACUUCUUUGUGGGGCAAGAACCCUGGCAGCCUUCUGGGGACUGGUCCACCUUCCCGGACUGGUUGAAAACAAGAGACGCCAGAAAGAUCGACAGAGAGGUCGAUGCUGUCUUGAGGUUUCUGAAACAGCAGUGUCACGCUCAGAAGAUCGGCGUCGUGGGAUUCUGCUGGGGCGGAGUGGCUGUCCAUCACGUGAUGAUGAAAUACCCAGAACUCAGGGCAGGGGUGUCCGUCUACGGCAUCAUCAAGGAUUCUGAAGAUGUGCACAGUUUGAAGAACCCCACGUUGUUCAUUUUUGCCGAAAAUGAUGCUGUGAUUCCUCUUGAGCAAGUCUCUUUGCUGACCCAGAAGUUGAAAAAACACUGCAAAGUGGAAUAUCAAAUUAAAACAUUUUCUGGGCAAACCCAUGGCUUCGUGCAUCGAAAAAGAGAAGAUUGUUCAGCCGAGGACAAGCCCUAUGUUGACGAGGCAAGAAGGAAUUUAAUUGAGUGGCUGCACAAGUAUGUUUAGCAGGGGCCAAGGGUGCACUUUCUCAGAAUAGCUCGCAUCCAGAAAAUUGCUUUGGGAUACUUGGGUCGUUUAAUUUUUACUAUCUUGAUGUAAAAUAAAUCCAGGAAUCCUGAAAUUCAUUAUUCCAUCUCAAACAUAAAUGCAGUAG